AUGUGUGGAGAAGCCAUCAGCCAUAUUCCAAACCUUAAGCUGUACAAGAAAACUCCUAGUGGAGUAAAACUGUAUGAAUGCAGUCAGUGUGGAAAAGUCUUCAGGCAUCGUUCAUCCCUUAAGAGGCACAAAAGGAGUCAUGCUGGAUACAAGCUAUAUCAGUGUGAGGAAUGUGGGAAAGCCUUCAGUUGUUCUUCAUACCUAAGGAAUCAUGUGAAAACUCACAGUGGAGAGAAACCCUAUGCAUGUAAACUUUGUAGAAAAACAUUUAUUCGUUCCCAUUCCCUCACUGGACAUAUAAGGAGUCACACUGGAGAGAAACCUUAUGAAUGUAUGCAAUGUGGGAAAGCCUUCAGUUGUCCUAAAUCCUUUCGAGUACAUGUGAUGAUGCAUAAUGGUGGGAAACCCUAUGAAUGUAAGCAGUGUGGAAAAGGCUUUAGCUGUCCCAAGUCUUUUCGAGUACAUAUGAUCAUGCACACUGGAGAGAAACCCUAUGAAUGUAAGCAGUGUGGGAAAGCCUACUGUUGGCUCACAUCCUUUCAGAGACAUGUGAGAAUUCACAAUGGAGAGAAACCCUAUAAAUGUGAAAAAUGUGGGAAAGCAUUUGGUUGGCCCUCAUCCUUACACAAACAUGUCAGAAUGCACACUGGAAAAACCUAUAAAUGCAAGCAAUGUGGAAAGGCCUUCAGAUGGUCCUCAUCCUUCCAAAAUGUAAGAAUGCAGACUGGAGAGAAACCCUAUAAGUGUGAUACGUGUGGGAAAGCAUUUGGUUGGUCUUCAUCCUUACACAAGCAUAACAGAAUGCACAAUGGAGAGAAACCCGUAAAUGGCGACGGCCCCCGCGGGACCUCAGCAACCUGCCAGCCAGGCAACUUGGACUUCCAUCCGCCCCAGACCUGA